GCGCAGAGCUAGCGUGCGCUCGUGUAGCCAGCCGCGCACCGGAGAAAAAGGGGCCCCGCGUUUGUCGCCUCGCCUCCUCCUCCUCUCGCGGCGGUCUCGCCGAGUCGCCAUCGCCGAUCCCCCACCACCCGGCCACCCCGACCGCCCUACUCGCGAGGAAAGGAAAGGGACGGGGACGCGAGCUCCAUAUGCCCAGAUUUUCGUCCCGUCAUUUUUUACGCGCUGCACAGGGACAAGGCACGCUUGUCGCCAACCAACAAUCCGGGCCACGGCGACCGCUGCCGGAGCCGCACGCCAAUCCCGGCGCGCCCGCUGAUAUCCCCAUCGCCGCCGCCCGCUCGGUUGUGCCCCGCCGCUCCGGUCUGAAUCGGCGCGCGUUGUCCGGCGCCGGCCGGGUUAUUGGUUUCGGUUCGGUUGGGAGCUCGCGGUCCGGAGGAGGAGGAAGACGAGGAGGAGGAGGGCGGGGGCGCAAUGGUGGAGGUGGGGAGCCGGGUGCAGGGGUUCCUGCGGAACCGGUGGCUGGUGUUCGUGGCGGCGAUGUGGAUGCAGUCCUGCGCGGGGGUGGGGUACCUCUUCGGCAGCCUCUCGCCGGUGAUCAAGAGCUCGCUGGGGUACAACCAGCGCCAGGUGGCCGGGCUCGGCGUCGCCAAGGACCUCGGCGACAGCGUCGGCUUCCUCGCGGGGACGCUCUGCGCGCUGCUCCCGCUCUGGGCCGCGCUCCUCGUCGGCGCCGCGCAGAACCUCCUCGGGUACGGAUGGGUCUGGCUCGCCGUCACGCGACGGGUCCCCGUGCCACCGCUCUGGGCGAUGUGCAUUCUAAUCUUCAUUGGUAACAAUGGUGAGACAUACUUCAACACGGCUGCACUCGUCUCCUGUGUUCAGAACUUCCCCAAGAGCCGUGGACCAAUUGUUGGUAUCCUCAAGGGAUUUGCUGGGUUAAGUGGUGCAAUUCUGACACAGAUCUAUGCAAUGAAACACUCGCCUGAUGAUGCUGCACUGAUCUUCAUGGUUGCCGUUGGCCCAACAAUGGUAGUUAUAGCUUUAAUGUUCAUUGUAAGACCAGUUGGAGGACACAGGCAAGUACGGCCUUCUGAUGGCACAAGUUUCACAUUUGUAUACAGCGUCUGCUUGCUCUUGGCCGCUUAUCUGAUGGGCGUCAUGCUACUUGAAGACCUUGUCGACCUAAGCCAGUCAAUGAUUACCUUGUUGACCAUCAUUCUAAUCAUCUUUUUAUUAGUUCCAAUAGUCAUCCCAGUGCUACUCAGCUUCUUUUCAGAUGAUGAUGAGACUUUGUAUGCACUAUUACUGCCAUCACCUCGGAAAGAAGAACCAAGUGCAUCAACAUCAUCUGAGGAGCAACAGGAGGUUAUACUCAGUGAAUUGGAGGAUGAAAAGCCAAGGGAUAUUGAUCUUCUUUCAGCCUCAGAGAGGCAAAAAAGGAUUGCAGCAUUGCAGGCAAGGCUGUUUCAGGCAGCUGCUGUUGGUGCAGUGAGGGUUAAGAGGAGGAGAGGUCCACGACGAGGUGAAGAUUUCACACUGAUGCAAGCGCUGAUCAAGGCAGAUUUUUGGCUUCUAUUUUUCUCCCUUUUAUUGGGCUCUGGGUCAGGUCUCACUGUGAUUGAUAAUCUUGGGCAAAUGAGCCAGUCAUUGGGUUACAAGGAAACCCACAUUUUUGUGUCGAUGAUUAGCAUUUGGAACUUCCUUGGGCGCAUUGGUGGUGGUUACUUCUCAGAGAUUAUUGUCAAAGAUUAUGCAUAUCCAAGAGCAAUUGCAUUAGCUAUAGCUCAAGUUUUGAUGGCAAUUGGGCACUUCAACUUUGCAAUGGCGUGGCCUGGGACAAUGUACAUCGGCACACUGCUUGUCGGAAUUGGCUAUGGCGCUCACUGGGCCAUUGUGCCAGCCGCUGCCUCUGAACUGUUUGGGGUGAAAUAUUUUGGAGCACUGUACAAUUUCCUCACUGUUGCAAAUCCAGCAGGCUCCCUGGUAUUCUCGGGGAUUAUUGCCAGUGGCAUCUAUGACGCUGAAGCUGCAAAGCAGGCUCUGCAGCACCACAACUCCACAUUGUUGGCAAUGCCUGCCAGAGUGGUUAGCAUGAUAUCUGAAGCUGCUCCAUCACUGAAGUGUGAGGGUGCCAUCUGUUUCUUCCUCUCAUCCCUGAUCAUGUCCGGGUUCUGCAUCAUUGCUGUUGUUUUGAGCUUGAUCCUGGUCUACCGGACAAAGAUUGUAUACACAAAUCUAUACGGGAAGCCGCGUACUUGAAAGAUCAAUUCUUAAGGGCUAGAGGGCAUGAUAUAGUUUCAGAGUUAUCAAAACUUCAGUUUUGAAUUCAGGCUAUGGUAACCCGGCAUGCCUGUACGGGUUUGGUGUUGGCCUUCAACUUGUUCUGGACCACGUUCUUUGGAGGGCAGAACUGGAGCUUGACGUUCAUUAGAAAGUGCUGCCGAUGAGCCUGGAAGUCUUGUAGUGGCAGAAGCUGCUCCCAAGCAGCAUUCAAGUUAGUGGCUGCAGAUGGGAUCAUCGUGAAAGUGAAUGAAAGUUAAUGGUUGAAUUGUGCCUUUUGCUGUAUUUAGUGGGAAAAUAUUGUAUACACGUGUAAUAAGCUGGAGAUCUUUCUAUGUUCCCUCACACAGGGAAAAUAUUGUAUACACGUGUAAUAAGCUGGAGAUCUUUCUCUGAGCUAUUUGAUUCAGAUGUUAAUGACACCAAGAUUGGUAUAAUUUCCACU